AUGACGCUGCGGCCUCUCUCCCCUCCCUUUCCGGAAGCUGGUACCCGGCCCCCCUCGUCCUCCUCCUCCUCCUCCUCCCACCCGCGGUCACACACCGCCCACAGCCAGACGCCGUUACGCCACAACAACACGCCGGGUAGCUGCUGGCUGUGUCCGCGGUACAUCAUGCUGUGCAGGGCGGCGCUCAGGAGCCUGCUUGCGGCGGGGAACUGCAGGAAAGCGCUCGGUGUCCGGGCCAGUCAUGUGGAGAGUACAGAUUGGCGUGAUAAGAAGCACUUGGAGGAGUCAGAUCUUAGACCCCUGUAUAUGGAUGUUCAAGCGACAACUCCACUGGAUCCCCGAGUAUUAGAUCGUAUGUUGCCCUACCUGGUGAAUUAUUAUGGAAAUCCUCACUCGAGGACCCAUGCGUAUGGCUGGGAGAGCGAGAAGGCAAUGGAGAAGGCACGGGAGCAAGUUGCUUCCCUGAUUGGUGCAGAUCCCAGAGAAAUUAUUUUUACAAGUGGUGCAACUGAAUCUAACAAUAUCGCUCUAAAGGGUGUUGCUAGAUUCUACAAGUCCCGCAAGAGACACGUUAUCACCACUCAGACGGAGCACAAAUGUGUGCUAGAUUCGUGCCGCUCAUUAGAGGCAGAAGGAUUCCAAGUCACUUACCUUCCUGUUCAGAAGAAUGGCCUGUUGGACUUACAGGUUCUAGAAGAGGCCAUCCGGCCAGACACAAGCAUAGUGUCAGUAAUGGCUGUGAACAAUGAAAUAGGGGUGAUACAACCUAUAGAUGACAUAGGUCAUCUCUGUAGUUCUCGAAAGAUUUUUUUUCACACAGAUGCUGCUCAAGCUGUUGGCAAAAUUCCAUUAAAUGUGAACCAAAUGAAGAUUGAUCUAAUGAGCAUAAGUGGGCAUAAGCUCUAUGGCCCCAAAGGAGUUGGGGCUAUUUAUGUUCGUCGGCGACCUAGAGUAAGAUUGGAGGCUUUGAUGAGCGGUGGUGGCCAAGAGAGAGGUCUGAGAUCUGGGACGGUGCCAACUCCGCUAACUGUUGGGUUUGGUGCAGCCUGUGAGGUGGCUGAGCAGGAGUUAGAGUAUGAUCACAAGAGAAUCAGCUAUCUGUCAGAACUACUGGUCAGGAAUAUAAUGAGUAAUAUUCCAGACGUUAUGAUGAAUGGAGACCCCAACCAACAUUACCCAGGCUGUAUAAACCUUUCCUUUGCCUACGUGGAGGGGGAGAGUUUACUGAUGGCUUUGAAAGAUGUUGCACUCUCUUCUGGAAGUGCCUGCACAUCUGCGUCACUGGAACCCUCUUAUGUUUUAAGAGCUAUCGGAGCGGAUGAGGAUUUGGCUCAUUCCUCUAUUAGGUUUGGUAUUGGACGCUUCACAACAGAAGAGGAGGUUGAUUAUACUGUUAAGAAAUGCACCCUGGAGGUGAAACGGCUUAGAGAAAUGAGCCCCCUGUGGGAAAUGGUGCAAGACGGGAUCGAUUUGAAGAGCAUACAGUGGACCCAACACUGAGGAUCAAAGACUACACAGGACUUGUGCCUAAUAGAGAACAUGUUCUUACUAUUUAAUCUCAUGGCUUCUGUUACGUAAUGGGAAAUACUUCUAUAGCUGUCAUCACUUGCUUUACCAGCAAAACCAGUCUAACAUCUCCUCCCCACAUACUAACUUUGUGUUGUGUGAAAUAUGAAUGUUCAUUGUUUGGGCUGGUUUUAUCUGCUGCAGAAUGAAUUUUAGACACAGCUGAUAUCUCUUCAUUGUAAUUUAAUUGAAAAUGGUAAAAGACCAAAAAAUAAAUAAAUAAAAAAUCAAACCAAAAUUAUUCAGUUAUAAAAUAUAACCAAGCUCUUACUGGUCUAGUGUAGAUUAUGCUACUGCAGAUUCCCAUUUAUGUUUACAUAUUUUCCUUGACACUAAGUGAAACCUGUGUGUGUUGGACACAGUAAUCUACAAUUUUGCUGCCUUAUUUAGAAAAGAUUUUUUUUUUUUUAUAUAACCCUUCUAAUACAAUGGCAAAAUUGUUUAACUAUUUUACUUCCUCUGCAGCAUACAGUUCUUAUAUGGCUGGCCUUACAAUGCUUGCGUUUAUAUUGUCAGUGUGUAUAAUUGGGUCAUCAAUGCUUUACUAAACCAGGUUGACAAAAAAUAAUUUUCCAAAUGUACAGCAGUCUUCUAUUUGCCCAGAAAACUUUAUAGUAACAUUUGGACAAUUUUUGAGUUAUGCCAUAGCUUAUUAAACAUCUGGUUUUGUUACAAAAUGUUUUUAUUAUUGCAGAUAUUUAGAAUUUUUAACAUGUCAAUGUUGUGAAAUGGUUUGAUUUCUCCAUGGCUUUUUUAUUGGUUGGCCACAAUUCUUUGAAAACCAGAAACUAUUUAUCCUACUGCCCACCUUUUUGUAAAUGGUUUGUUUUCUCUCCUUUAGUUGUUUUCUGCAGCAGGUGGGAACUUUGAGUGUGUUCUGACACACCAUACAUUACAUUCAUUAAACGCACAAGGACACACAACUCUGUGUGCUCCAAUCCUCUUAUGUAAUGUUAUGGUGUGUGCAUGCAUAUGUGCUAGAUUUUCUUUUCUUUACUGUUAUGUCCCAGGCUUGUGAAGUCUGUUAAAUAUGUUCUAUAUAUGAAAAGAAGAGCUUGUAAAUAAUUUGGAGAUGUCUAUUGGGCUAAGGAUAUGUAAGGGGACUCUUCAAAGUAUAUUCACAUGCUUUGUUCACUAUCUAUAAAAUGUAUGCCUAAUGUACAGUUCCAGUAAUACUUGUCAGAUUGCAAAUAAAUAAAUUUGAGAUUA